AUGUCUAAUGAAACCUGGAGUUCAGAGGUUGUCUUGGUUGGAUUUCCCGGGAUAACAGAAGACUACAACACCUUGAUAUCCGCCAUGAUGUUCCUGGUGUAUAUGACAUCACUGACCGCCAAUGGGAGCGUCAUCUGUCUGGUCACUCUGAAUACCUACCUGCACCAGCCCAUGUACCUGAUCAUAGCAAAUCUCGCCGCCUCAGACCUUUUAUUUGACACAGCGACUCUACCAAAACUAAUCGCCAAGUACUGGUUCGGAGCCUCCUCUAUGCCCUUCAGUGUGUGCGUCUUCCAGAUGUUCUGGGUUCAUUACUUUGGAAGCGUUGAUUCCUGCCUGCUGAUGGUGAUGUCCGUCGACCGUUAUAUUUCUAUUUGCCAGCCCCUGAGAUACGCCGCCAUUAUCACGACAAAGAGGACUUCCGUCACUUGUGGCAUCUGCUGGUUGAUUUUAGCCUUGUUUAUAAAUAUAGCUGUUAGCGCUCAGGUUUCCCAAAUUGUCCGAUGUGGCCCAAACAAAAUAUAUACUUUAUUUUGUACACAUGCCGCAAUCUCAGCCUUAGCGUGUUCAGAUGUAACAUAUAUGAGAAGAGUGGCCUUUGUGGGUGCCCUUGUUGUGCUCAUCGUGCCCUUAGGGGUUAUAUUGCUGUCAUAUACCCUGAUAAUAACAGUCAUUUCCUCCCGCUCUGAUAGAAGGCACAAAGCAUUCUACACCUGCACCACCCACCUGCUGGUUGUGGGGUUAUAUUAUAUUCCUCGGACCUUCAUCUACAUUGUAAAUACCAUCUUUGUAAUAGUAAUUACACCUGAUGUCAAUGCUUUGCUGCUUUUCCUGUACUCUGUGGUGCCACAUAUGGCCAAUCCCAUUAUAUAUUUUCUUAGGACAAAGGAAAUCAGACAUUUUGGUAAAAUGAUCAAAAAACUCAAGUUCAGUCUUGAAAAUUCAUUUUGUAAGUAG